AUGACAAAGUUAGCAGCAUCAAAUUUAGGUACAUAUCAAAAGGUAAUCCGCAGAAGGAAAGAAAAAGUAAGAGGACAUCACACUAAUUACCCUUAUAAAGUCAUUGAAAUUACACCCCCACCCAAGUCCCUUCGUGUUCGUUGCUUCACUCCUAAUUUGCAAUGUGGGGAGAGUGUGAUGAUCGAAGGCCAAACUUAUACGAUCUCAGCUGUAACUCACCGGUACCAGCUUCGGAAAGGAAAGUAUGAACCUAGUGAGAAGAGGCUUGAUGUUCUGUCUACAGGGAGACACAUCUUAAACUUAUAUCUUGAAAGCUUACUAGAACAGUCUUGAU